AUGCCGUGGACUGUAACGAAUUCAUUUAAACGAGGUCUCAUGAUGAAAACAUACGGCCGGUCCUCAUGGCGCGUCUACGACGAUGACCAGCGGCCCGCGGCCAAGAAAAGACGCGUUUUGUCCGACAGCGAGUCGGACGCGGCCGAAAAGAGCAUUGAGUAUGCCAUUCGGGAGUCUACAGCCAACGUGCGAUCGAGCCCAUCGCGUCGGAAUUCCCUUGCACUAUCAGACGGCUCUCAGGAUACUGAACUGUCAACUCCCCCUUCCUCACCCCCGCCUCGAUUGUCGCCCCCACCGCAGAACACGCGAAAACCUACAUUCUCCUUCCUCAAACGCAAGCACUCGGCCACCAAGGAGGGAACCAAUGGGACCCCUCUGUCGGAGGUGAAUUCCAACAGCGUGCGCGCGUCUGCUGAUCCCCCGAAGAAGAAAGCAGCAACACAAGCGCCUCAACAACCGGCGUUGAAGCAAAUGCAACUUGACCUGGGCCACGAGGUACGGAAGACAUGCGCGACCUGUGGUAUGGAGUAUGUGCCCUCGAACACCGAAGACUCCUCUCUUCACAAGAAAUUCCACGACAUGAACUCGACCGGAGUAGAUCUAGGAAAAGCGUUUAUGAGGGCGAACGCGUCGCGAUGGGUCUACGAGGCGACUCGCUUUGACGAGGGAUACGUGGUGAUAGUGGAUCGCAAGUCAUCUCCGACCGCGAAGAACCAGGCCAAGAAAGUCCUGGAGGUUAUCAGUAAAGAAUUGUCGUCCCCGGUGAUCGAGGACGAGGUCCUAUGGAGCCAGACGGAACCACCGAAACAUCUGCGCAAGAAUGGGGCGUCGGAGAGCGUGGACAGAUACAAGGUUUUUUUGCAUAUGAAGGAUAGUCGGUGUGUCGGAGCAUGUUUGACUGAGCGCAUCUGGGAAUCUCACGCAGUGGACAAGGCAUCUCUCCAGGCAGAUGGCACCGACUCGGCCGUCACUGUCCGCAACGAGACUCACUCUGCGGUCGUGGGGAUUUCGCGCAUUUGGACAUCAGGCUCUUCACGACGCAAAGGCAUCGCGAUGGACCUUUUGGAUUGCGUGGUGAGCAAUUUUAUUUACGGGAUGGAAAUCCCCAAGGACCAGGUGGCCUUCAGCCAACCGACCAACAGCGGGAAAAACCUCGCCCAGGCAUUCUUCGGGACCGAGAACGAAUGGCACGUUUACAAGGAAAGCUAA